UGCUACUGUACAUAGAAUUGUCUCGAAGAGUAUUUCCUAUAGCACUCAAGAGAAUCCUUCAACUGUAUCUUACAAUAACAUAUUGUAAAUAAGAUUUUUUGUGAAUUCUCGCUUUUAUCAUGUUACUCCGAUAAGAUAAUUAUUAUUGGGUUCAUAAGCAACAGAUUUAUACAUAUAUAUAGUUAAUGUUAUACGGUGUCAAGUGCAGAAAAUCGUGUCGAGUGAACGAGGCAAAAUGUCGGCACUAAUUGUGGGAAUAACAGCGGGUGCUGUUUACGUCGGUUGUGUUUUGUGCUGUACUGGUAUAUCCAGGUGUAGGGAGAGGCGAAAAGCACACCAUCAAGAUGAUAUAUACAGCAUAAGCGGAAGAGUACAAGGAGAAGAACAGCAGCAUUCUAGUCAGGAUGCUUAUUUAUCAAUAGAUCACAUUAACAUUUCCAAUCAACUAAACAAGCCAAACUACGACGACGCUCCUCCCUCAUAUGAAGAAGCCAUGAGGAUAGCAGUGGCAGCGUCUCUCAGUAGUAGCAGCUCAGAGGUACCAACAGUUGUGGUGGUACCGAAAACAACGAACUGAUUUUAAUUUUAGGAUUAGAUUUAUACUCAUAGUAUUUAAGUCAACCAUAUGUGAUAAGUCAGAUUUAUGAACUACUUAACCGAUUUAAAUAUGUUGUACGCCGCCGCCUCAAACAGAAUUGUCUGUACGAUGCUAUACAUAAUAUUUAUGUGAUUUUAACUCAUUAAGUAUUCUAGUGUACAUAGAUAAGUUACAAUAUUUUGAAUAAUCAAACCUAUUUAAUAUAUUUUACAUACA